AUGUCUACCCCUCCCACAGCUGAAGAGUGCUCUCUUGCUACCCCUCCCACAGCUGCAGAGUGCUCUCUUGCUACCCCUCCCACAGCUGAAGAGUGCUCUCUUGCUAUCCCUCCCACAGCUGAAGAGUGCUUUCUUGCUACCCCUCCCACAGCUGCAGAGUGCUUUCUUGCUACCCCUGCCACAGCUGCAAACUGCUCUCUUGCUACCCCUGCCACAACUGCAGAGUGCUCAUUUGCUACCCCUGCCACAGUUGCAGAGUGCUUUCUUGCUACUCCUGCCACAGCUGCAGAGCGCUCUCUUGCUACCCCUCCCACAGCUGCAGAGUGCUCUCUUGCUACCCCUGUCACAGCUGCAAACUGCUCUCUUGCUACCCCUGCCACAACUGCAGAGUGCUCUUUUGCUACUCCUGCCACAGUUGUAGAGUGCUCUCUUGCUACCCCUCACACAGCUGCAGAGUGCUCUCUUGUUACCCCUGCCACAGCUCUACAGAUGCUUCAUAACGUGCGACAGCCUGCUAGACUGGAGUCCAUGUUUCUUCCUAUCGCCGGGCGCACCAAUGAGUCUCAAACAUGGUCUCCAGUUAUUUCAUUUUCCUCAUCCACCUAUAUCCCGCCCACACUGACAGCCACCUAUAUCCCGCCCACACUGACAGUCGCCUAUAUCCCGCCCACACUGACAGCCACCUAUAUCCCGCCCACACUGACAGCCACCUAUAUCCCGCCCACACUGGCAGCCAACCGUGUUCGUCCCACAGGGAGCCACCUAGGGUGUGUGACGGAGUUCGACGGGUUGGGCGGGGAGCUGGGCCACACUCUCAGGCCAGACCAUGAAGCUCAGAUCCAUAUGGAUGACGACGAACACUUCACAUUAGACUCUGACCACGGCACCAACCUUGUUAAGGUAGCCGUGCACGAGAUCGGCCACGUGCUGGGUCUGGAGCACGUGGUGAGGAACUACUCCAUUAUGUACCCAGUGUACGAGAAGGUCCUGCCUAACCAAGGUCUGGAGUUGGGCUGGGAGGACCGCAAGCUGGUACAGAGAGUGUAUGGUGCAUGCAUCGGUGCUUUCAACACACUCUUUGACUUCCUUAGGUGGCACCCCGACGGCUCCCUCACCUACAACACCUACUUCUUCAGGAAGGACCACUUCUGGAUGUAUGAGAACAAAUACAACCGAACGAGGUUUGGUGACCCUCUAUACAUCCAGCCUGAGUGGCAGGGCCUUCCCAACAACCUAGAUGGCUACGCACACGUCUGGACACGCACCAAAGAUACCCACCUCUUCUUCCAAGGCGCGAACUACUACUUGUACGACCCGCAGUUAAAGAGAGUAGCAGCUGGCUACCCUCGACGCAUCGCUCAGGACUUCCAUGGACCACCGACACCCAAGCGACCGAUGGGACGUACCAUCCCCAGUGAUAUCGACAGCGUCUACUUUGACAAACGAGAUGAAAAUCUCUACUUCUUUAAGGGAAAGAAGGUCAGUGGAUUAUCAGUUUAAGACUGUUCGUCAUGUACCGAAUAUUAUUAUUAUCGCAAAAAUUGCCCAACCCAGUGUGACUAGUUAGUAGUCCAAGUCCGACCCAAAUGUCGUCAUAAGCUUCACUCUCUCCUAUGUGCGGAUUAUUU